AUGGUAUACACGAUUGUGGUUCAUAUGAAGGCGAAGUCCGACCCAGAAUGUAUUGCCAAGCUCAAAUCCAAGCUAGUCGAGGCAUCGCAGGUUUAUUCGAAGGAUAAGGAAACCGUGUCCUGGCUUGUCAUGCAAUCCGUCUUCGACAGCCGCGAAUUCACCAUCGUCGAACGCUACGAGAAUGAGCAGUCGCAGCAGUAUCACCUCAACAACCCAUACUGGUUGACGUUCGAUCCUUACGUCUUGCCUUUGUUGGAAGGGAACAUGGACUUGCGACGUUUCGAGGAACUGGACACAAGUACAGAAGUCAAGAUCGAGAGCAGCGAGACUCAUCAGGCCACGACAGAAUACCAGGUAACGAACAGGAAUAUGCUGCGAAAGAUUGGGUCGCAUGGAGGUGGAGAUGUUUGA